AUGAUACCCCCGAGGAUAUUAGUGAUCGCGGGCUCUGACAGUUCUGGUGGAGCCGGCCUCGAGGCAGACCAAAAAGUCAUCGCCGCCCAUGGCUGCUACGCCAUGACGGCCACAACGGCCCUCACAGCCCAGAACACCAAAGGCGUUUAUGAUAUUCAUCAAGUCCCUCCUACAUUUUUGAGGAAGCAGAUCGAUGCUGUGAUAGAAGACGUCGGGGUGGAUGUUGUCAAAACAGGCAUGCUCGCCUCGACUGAGACGAUCGAAACUAUUGCCGAUGCCCUUACGCACCACAACGUUUCGACCGUCGUUCUUGAUCCUGUCAUGAUCGCAACCACCGGCGCCCAGCUCCUACCUCCCGAAGCCCUCCAAGCCCUACAUACCCGCCUCCUCCCGCUAGCCACCAUCGUCACACCCAACGUUCCCGAGGCCCUGCUCCUCCUCCGCAACGUCAACGCCAACACGCAAAACUCCUCCCUCUCUCCUGACUACAGCAUCAAAACAGUCGAAGACCUCGAAACCGCCGCCCGCGCCAUCCGCGCGCUUGGUCCACCCUGGGUGCUUGUCAAAGGCGGGCACUGUCCCUUUCGGGCAGAUGGGAGGGUGGCGGAUAUGGAGGGGCUCGGGGACGAUGGGGUGAAGGUUGUGGAUGUGUUGGUGGGGGAGGAUCCGAAGAUGGGAGAGGAAAUCGUGGUGCAGUUGGAGACGGAGUAUUGCGCGUCUAAGGAUACGCAUGGGACGGGGUGUUCUUUGGCUUCGGCGAUUGCGUCAAACCUAGGAAAGGGGAUGGAUAUGCCUGCGGCAGUCAAGGCUGGGUGUCGAUAUGUCCAGGCUGGUAUCAGGAGUGCGCCCGGGCUGGGCGGUGGGAGCGGGCCGCUCAAUCACUUCCACUCCAUGUACUCUUUGCCGUUUUCGCCGGGGCAUUUCGUUGAAUACCUCCUCGAACACCCCGAUGUGGCUCCCGUCUGGGAUGAAUUCAUCAACCACCCGUUCGUGCUGGCCAUGGGUGAUGGGACGCUGCCGCUUGAGUCGUUCAAGCAGUACCUGAUACAAGACUAUCUCUAUCUUAUCCAUUUUGCGCGGGCCAACGCACUCGGCUCUUUCAAGGCCAGCACCAUGAAGGAUAUUGCAGGGUCCGCCGCUAUCGUUACCCAUAUCUUCAAGGAAAUGGAACUCCACAUCAACUACUGCAAGAGCUUCGGCAUCUCCAAGGAAGAAAUGGAAAACACAACGGAAAACUCAGCAUGCACGGCCUACACACGAUAUGUCCUCGACAUUGGUCAUUCGCAGGACUGGCUAGGCCUCCAGGUUGCCAUCGCGCCCUGUCUUCUCGGAUACGGCGCCCUCGCCAAGCAACUCCAUGCCGACCCCCGAUCGAAGAGAGACGGCAAUACCUACUGGGCGUGGAUCGAAAACUACGUGGCUGAGGACUAUGUAACGGCGGUCAAGAUUGGUUCCGCACUGCUCGAGCGCCACGCAUUGCUGCAAAGCCCUUCGCGGAUUGAGGAGUUGGUCAAGAUCUUUAUCCACGCUACAAAGAUGGAAAUUGCAUUUUGGGAAAUGUACAGCUCGAGUUGA